GAAGCAUGGCACUCUGGCGGGCAUACCAGCGGGCUCUGGCUGCUCACCCGUGGAAAGUACAGGUCCUGACAGCUGAAUGAAGCCCUGGGCAAACUGCCAGAGUGUCAGUGGCUACCAUCAGAUGUCCCUCCCUCCUUGGAACAGCAGCCCAUUCUAGGAGAUGUCCUGACAACACCUGUGUACCCUGCACAGGGUCUCUGAUGGGCGUGGGUGACAUUAUCUCACAGCAGCUGGUGGAGAGGCGGGGUCUGCAGGAACACCAGAGAAGCCGGACUCUGACCAUGGUGUUGCUGGGCUGUGGCUUUGUGGGCCCUGUGGUAGGAGGCUGGUACAAGGUUUUGGAUCGGUUCAUCCCUGGCACCACCAAGGUUGAUGCACUGAAGAAGAUGUUGUUGGAUCAGGGUGGCUUUGCCCCGUGUUUUCUGGGGUGCUUUCUCCCACUGGUAGGGGCACUCAAUGGACUUCCAGCCCAGGACAAUUGGGCCAAACUACAGCGGGAUUAUCCUGAUGCCCUUAUCACCAACUACUAUCUAUGGCCUGCUGUGCAGUUAGCCAACUUCUACCUGAUCCCCCUUCAUUACAGGUUGGCUGUUGUCCAAUGCGUUGCUGUUAUCUGGAACUCCUACCUGUCCUGGAAGGCACAUCAGCCCUAAGCCUACCUCACUCCAUCAUUUCCACUUUGCAGAUUGGACCUGGAACAGUCAGACAACCUCCUCAAAGUGGGCACAGCAGUUUCCAUGGGAUUGGGUUGCCAGUCAGAACUUAAGAAGACUAGCACCCUGCCAUUCCUCUCUUCACUCUAAAAUGUACACUGACUGCUUUAGAGCCCUUUAAAAUAGUCUUACUCCCUCCACAUACUAAGCACUCUAUGAAUAUCUGGUGAACUUCAUGACCUUAUCAACUUUACACCUAUAUCCCAGCAGAUGCUACUCGUUCCCACUCUUCACAGACACAUUUGUUACUCUAACCCUGCCCAGCGUUACUGUAGCUCCAGCUCUUUAGAAACCCCAGAACCCUUUAUAUGGUGCCUCAGUAAAUAUGUUAUUAAAUAUGUAGUCUGGAA